UGGUAAAGUAGACGUGGCAGUGACGUUGAUGCCGGAAGUGACCCGGAUUGGAACUUUAACUCCUCGGUUGAUUAGUUUUUACCAGGAACAUCGAGGGCCCUCGAAAUAUGAUGUGAUGUCGAGUCAAACAUGUGUGUACGUAUGAAAGAUACUCCACCUUGGAUGUGAGUUUGCCAACACACCGGGAGGUUUUCCUAUUUAACCACUACAUAAAGCGAAGGAGUGGGACCCGGCAGUCCCAGGUGGUUUGCGGUCUACAGCGGGCUAUUGACCCUCAACCGGCGGCAGGAUGACGUGCCGUGACCGGACCCUCGAGUUUCAGUCUGCCUGUAAAUCUCUCCAAGGCAGACCGCAGAAUGGAGUACAGCCGAGUAAACCGGCUCUCAGUGCCCUCAGGCAGCGCAGUGACUUUACAGUUAUGGCCAAGAGAAUUGGAAAAGACUUAAGCAAUACAUUUGCCAAACUAGAAAAGCUAACUAUCUUGGCAAAACGAAAAUCUCUGUUCGAUGACAAGGCAGUGGAGAUCGAGGAGUUAACCUACAUCAUCAAACAAGACAUCAACAGUCUCAACAAACAGAUAGCACAGCUGCAGGACUUGGUGAGGUCCCGAGGAGCUCCAGGUGGCCGACAUAUCCAAACCCACUCUAACACUAUAGUGGUGUCAUUACAGUCUAAACUGGCUUCAAUGUCCAAUGACUUCAAAUCAGUCCUUGAAGUUAGAACUGAGAACCUGAAGCAGCAGCGCAGCAGGAGAGAGCAAUUCUCCCAGCCUCCGGUUUCAACUUCUCCUCUGAUGGCCAACAACUUCAGGAGCCGCAAAAAAGGGGCCCAGGAGCCGCAUGCAGCUCGCGAGCCGCGCUAUGACUACCAGGGCAAUACAACCUCAAAUUUAAAAGAGAGCUCGGUCCUGAUGCAGGAUGAAUCCAGAAGUCUGGGUGAUGUAGCCAUCGAUAUGGAUUCGCAGACUAACCCUCUGCAGCUGCAGCUUAUUGAUGAGCAGGACUCAUACAUCCAGAGCCGUGCAGACACCAUGCAGAACAUUGAGAGCACCAUUGUGGAACUGGGCUCUAUAUUCCAGCAGCUGGCACACAUGGUCAAGGAGCAAGAAGAGACCAUCCAGAGGAUUGAUGCUAACGUGGAGGACACCCAGCUGAACGUGGAGGCUGCCCACACAGAGAUCCUCAAAUACUUCCAGUCAGUUUCCUCCAACCGCUGGCUGAUGAUCAAGAUCUUUCUCGUCCUCGUCAUCUUCUUCAUCAUCUUUGUUGUCUUCUUUGCUUAAUGAAAAGAAGAGUGGCUGAGGAGAGGGGAGGAGAAGAAGAAAAAAACUAAAGCUGGACUGAGACGACGUGUCCAGACAACAUAUUGGAAGGACAGACUUCUUUAUCGAAGUGACAGUUUGAUGGAGGCUUGGUAGACUUUUCCUGUAAAACAGACUUUUCAGUUGUUCCCAAGCCACAGACUCUUGAUCUCAAUUUGACAAUUCAGUGAAGAAUGAAGUUGUCGAACUCUGUCCAAAUGAAAGAAUAAAUUAUGAAAAAUCCCCACUUUGUAUAGAGAGAGCAAAAACUGCUCUGUAUUGUAUGUUGACCAAUAACUCAUAAACAUUUAAUCAAAAUGGCUAUAAUUUAAUGGUUUGAUUCUGCAAACUGUCUUUUUUUUUAAAUUUUGAUUUGUUUGUUUAUUGUUUCCUCCCCUUACCACAUGUGAUCCAUUAUUAUUUCAACGCCAAACAACGGAACUGGAGUUUAUCUUUGCAUAAUCUUGCUUCUUAGCUUGCUUACUUUUUAAUGAAGAGCAUUGCUGUGUCCCCUGUUUCUCAGCAAUUCUCUACUUACCACCUUUCAUUAACGAAGUGAAAUAUUUUUUAUUCAGUUAUAUUCUCUUUUGCUCUCAGUGUUUAUUUGCCAAAUGGGUACUCUUAUAGAACUGUGACAGAACACAAAGAUACUUGUUGUGGUCCAGCAUUUUGUGUCCUGAAGGCACAAGCGAGCAGGUACAGCCACCUGAAGGGAACUUCUGUUUUAAAUUAAACUGUUAGGUUGAAUGGAUGAAAAAAGUGUUAACCUUGUACAUUCAGAGAGACUUCAGUGCAGAAGUCAAGUAUCUGAACAGGAUCCAGGUUUAACAUCAGUGCUUAUGAAGGGGAUAGGCUGGUUGUGAAGGCCCACUAAUGAAGUGAUUCAAUCAGCCAGAUUCCCUGAAGUGUCUGGUUGGAUGUCACUGUUGUAGUUGCUUUCCCUUUUUAUUUCUCUAAUGUACCAGAUCUUAUUAAAAUGACCACAGCUUUUUAAGAAGAAAGAAAACAUUCUUCCUAUUUUUUCCUUGUCUCUUUUUUUUAGCCAAAUGCCUUGACUUCAGUGUAUAAAGUGCAAAUAGUGAUGUAUUGAUAAGAAAGUGCAUAUUAAUAAAAUAAUGGGGUGCUGGCA